AGGCUGCCCGAACCCUGCGCGUCCUCCUCGACGCGCUCCUGCUUCUUCGGCUUGGGCCUGAAGCAAGCUCUCCAAUUCUCUGGCUUCGUUGUGUUGCGCUCGCUGCGUCGUCGUCGCUGCGGGUUCCAUAAAGUGUCAGUGGGGUAUUUUGCGGAGAGCGUGGGAGGCAGGCGAGGGACUCUUGUCGGUAGAUCAAUCAAUCAGUCAAAGCCUCUUUCACUGAAGCGCACGAGGAACCUGGGUGGCCACUUUGCCAACCCCCUGUUUGCCUUGGAGUGAGAGAUUUUGAGGUUGUGGAGUGCGCGGCCAAUGCUUUGCGGACGACUGAACCCGCUCCGAAACCGUGACCAGUGCUGAGGCCGUUAAGGAGGAAGGAAUUGUACAUGGUUCAGGAGGUGGGUGAGCUGUAAACCUAUUCCCGAGCGUUUAUUUAGGUUCGUGAAUCGAACUGCUACAAUCGUGGUCCCUGGUCCAGGUUGACUGCAACUACACUUGGUCGAGCAUGAAGCUGGGUUGUGUACACGAGCAACCGGUCUAUGUGUCAGCUUCUCACUGUGGCGCCAAUCGCUGCUGUUUCCUGGCAAUGAAUAGCAACUACGGUUUGCAACCGACAGCUUUGUUGUGCAAAGUUUACAGUUGCACGGAUGUUUAAGCGGGAGAAGGGGCUUGCCAAGAUCAAAUUAUGUGCUGUUUGUGGGAGAUAGAGUGGUCCAUUUCUACUCCCCCGCACAAGUGAGACUAAUUGCAGCGGAUCAAACAAGUCGCGGCUUAUACCGGCAAUAUCGGUUGCAGUUUCGCGGAGUGCAGAUUGAGCUGGUUAUACCGAGUGUUGGCGAUACCUACAUUUGACAAUGUGUUCUUCGGAUGUCUUUGAUUUGCUGGUUGAUUUUCCCCUGCAAUUGAAGACGGAGCCUCUCGACGAUCUGUUCGACACAGAGCCGAAACCGAUUCUGAAUAGGAAACUACUUGACACUCCUACCUCGUUUUUCUGUUAUGACGAGGAGCCGACAAAUAGUAUUCCCAAAUCCCCUGUUCCCAUGUUCAACUACGAAGAAGAAGAGGCGAUUUUUAGUCCGAAAUCUCCAACUCAAGCACUCAACUGUGAUGGAGUAGACAUGAAGUCGUGUCUGAGGAGUCCGUCUCCCUCCCUUAAUACUGAUGGAGAACAGAUUAAUAGAAGUCCCAAAACUUGCCCCGAGCCAAGGACCCCGAAAGCAAAGAGUAGACCUGAGUCUUUGUCUCCCCCAGCCGUCACGAAAUCUGAUUCUCCUAAAACGUCCGUUCUGACCACAGCAGAUGGCAGUGCUCUUGUUGGAGGUCCUGUGUAUAUGAAAGCCUCCAAGCUUCACCCUUAUGAAGACUUCCAUUCUUUUUUAAUUCGAGAGGGAGGAAUAGGGAGGGAUCGGUUGGCCAGACUUGUUAGCUCUCAAGAAUAUCCCCGCGCCGAUGAGGACUUUGUGUCAUUUCUUGCACGCUCAAUUGGGAUCAAGGACGAGCAAUACGUAACCAACUUGAGGCAAGCUUUGAGAUGUGAACCUAUAAUUGAUUUUGGGAAGUCCCAAGGACCUGUGAAGAUGGAGGUUGACUACUCUAAGCUUGAGGUUGGACCAGACGAGGAUGCCAUUUCUUUCUUCGUGCGAGCGGGGUCGUGGGAGUCGACUUCUUCUGUGGAUGAAGAAUUAGCGUCGGUGGGUUUGGACGAGGAUGAAGAUGCGGAGUCCUUUCUCAGACGGACUGGGAACUUGAGCACGUCUGGCCUGGAAUUUGAAUCUUUGAAAGACUCCCAGUUUGUACCAGCAGGAAUGAGUUCCUUCAUCACCGCCAAGGAGGAAUUGGAGGCUUUGAAGGACCAAGUUUUAGUCCAAGUAAGCUCACCGAGCGAGCCGAUGAAGGAUGAGGUUUUGGUACAAGUGACGCCACCCAGCACUCCGGAAGAUAUGGAAGGUGUCGUUGUGAACAGAAAGAGAAGGGCGUCUGACUCGGAGUAACGACCUGGAUUCCAACCUUUACACAAGGUGCAAGUGAUAUGAGUGCAUCAGGGAUAGCCAGGUUUCACCUCGUAGGUCUGGUUUGUGCACUGUCGAUCGGGGCAUUCACAUGCUCGUCGAUUUUCACCACGGCCGGGUACGUAAGCCUUAUUUUUUUCAAGCUGCACCGAACCAUGAAGUGUCAGUGCCUUGCACCCAUAAGUCCGCCACAUUCCAUCAUCAUAUGGGCGAUUCUGCUCCCAUAGAUAUGUAUCUUUGGUGGAUGCACAACUUCCAUUUGAAGCGGGGAUGAUGAUGAAAGCACUAAAUGUUCUCAAUAUGUGAGGAAAAGUGUCAAUGGGCUCCGUAGCUCAUUUCGUCUCUUGUCAUCAAGCAGUCGAUUACCAGCUCCCUUUUGACUGCACACGCAUAUGGCCUUUCAUGAAGGUCACUCCAGCGCACGCACUUGUCAGAAACGAUGCACUAAGCAGCGUCGAAACUACCUGUUCCAGAUCUGGUGCAACUACUGUCUUCGUCUGUCAACUGCCUUUUUCUCUCUGGGUAUAUCUGAGUGAAAUGUAUCCUAAGAAUAGACUUCGGUGUAGUAUGUACCAAUAUUGUUGUUGUCUUCACGAAGUCAGGGUUGUUGAGUCUUUAUAGGCAUCGCAGACGUUUUUGGCAGAGAGUCAUUGUUCGACACCUGUGUUGUAUGCACUUCGUGCAUUCUCAGGCUGUACCAUUAUGAACUCCCAAUUUUGCGAUAGAGCUGUGGUCAUGUAACCUCUGGUGCAUCUACACCACAUUAGUCAUAUGUAUAUUCCGAAUAUAUCACAUGCGUACCGAUAACUUUGUGGAUAUAGUAGGUUAGCGUAGUUCUUUCACCGGUACAGUAAAUCGAGGUCAGACAGGUGGCCAUCCGCGUUUUGGCACAGCAUAUAGAUGACAUAUGUUCUGAUACCGAUGAGUCGUCAAGUCCUAGUGAUAUAGUUGGGGAAGCUGAGUAUGAGUGGGCACUUACGAUUUUGUAGCAAGUCUGAGCUGAGAGCAACUAACUGACAAGUUUUCUUUACAGUACAGUUCCUUUUGCUCUUAGUGGACACUGAAGGCAAAAAGUAUGGAAACCGUCUUGGAAUUUAGUACAAAUAAAUAAAGUGCGCAGCAACCCAGUAUGUCUCAACGUAGCCUACAUCGGGGCAUAGCGUGUAUAUCUUGUAAGCCGGCUCCGUUAUUC